CAUUCCAAAACCCGCAACUCGUCUCCUUCGCCUUCGGGGAUUCCAAGAAUUCCGACGCGACCUCGCCUUUUUAGUUCAUUCCUACUCCAUUUCUCUGGCAACCAUCCGUCCCUACGGAUCCGGUCUCUCUUUUCGCCUUCUGGCGCUCUCCAGAUCUGUGAUGGCGGCGUCUUCCAUUGUUUUCACUGGCCUUUCUUUGAUCCCCGUCAGAUCCGGUCCUCUCCGGAGGUCCGCGAACCUCCACAGCUUCCUUCCGAUGUCCAGGCAUGGAUUCGUCGCCAUGUCGCUGUCCCUCAACUCCAACUCCAGACCUGAUAGAACUGUCGCCUUCUCUGGUGUAAGGACGUAUGUUGCAGCUGUUGAACAGUCAAUUACUACAGAGGCUCAAAAAGUGGAAGCACCUGUUGUCAUUGUUACUGGAGCGUCUAGAGGUAUAGGAAAAGCGAUAGCUUUAACACUAGGCAAAGCUGGUUGCAAGGUUCUCGUGAAUUAUGCACGAUCAUCAAAGGAAGCUGAAGAAGUCUCCAAAGAAAUAGAUGCAUACGGUGGUCAAGCCAUUACUUUUGGUGGAGAUGUUUCCAAAGAAGCUGAUGUGGAAUCUAUGAUAAAAACUGCAGUUGAUACAUGGGGAACGGUUGACAUUUUAGUCAACAAUGCAGGAAUUACACGGGACACUCUGUUGAUGAGAAUGAAAAAAUCACAAUGGCAGGAAGUCAUUGACCUGAAUCUUACUGGUGUUUUCCUUUGCACACAGGCAGCAGCCAAAAUUAUGUUGAAGAAGAAAAAGGGAAGGAUCAUCAACAUAGCAUCUGUUGUUGGACUAGUGGGGAACAUUGGCCAAGCUAAUUAUAGUGCUGCAAAGGCAGGGGUGAUUGGUUUUACUAAAACUGUUGCAAAAGAAUAUGCAAGCAGAAAUAUCAAUGUUAAUGCUGUCGCUCCUGGGUUCAUUGCAUCUGAUAUGACUGCUAAACUAGGAGAAGACAUCGAAAAGAAAAUAUUGCAGACCAUUCCAUUAGCGAGGUAUGGCCAACCAGAAGAAGUUGCUGGCUUAGUGGAGUUCUUGGCCCUUAAUCCUGCAUCGAGUUACAUUACCGGGCAGGUCUUUACCAUUGAUGGCGGGAUGGUUAUGUAAACAUGGGAUGAGUUUUUCCGUCUUGAAGAACCUCUAACCUUUAUGUGGAUUGCUAUGUUCACUGGCAUGUUAGAGUUUGGACAACUAUGCAAACUUUCCUUUUUAUCAGUUGUUUCCCUUUUUUCGUUUUGUUGAAUGCUAAAUUUUGAACUACUGCCUGGAAAUAAGAUUAUAAAGAACUCAGUUAUUUCAAAGCAUUA